AUGAAUGAAGAAAACAGAACUUAUCCGAAAGAAACUGAUAGUGUUAAAGACAACGAAGAAAAAUUAACUGUUGAUACUGAUAUUACAAAGCCUACUAUUGUAGAUGAACCAAACAAAGAAAUAAGAUUUGUCAUUGACUCUACUAAAACCAAAUCGUCCCAAGAAGAGAAAGAAGAUUUAUCUGUUUUUACUGAGUCUGAUAAAUCUGAAUCCUUUAAGAAAAAACACACACCAUUGACAUGUACUACUGAGUCUGUAGAAUCUUCAAUCCAAGAAGAGAGAGAAACCUGUUCAUUUUCAGAGUCAAUAAAAUCUGUUGCUUUGGAAGAAGAAAAAGAAGAAUCGAUUCUCAUUGCAUCUUCAGCUGAACCUCUACUUUUCACCACCACUAAAGACGAUACAAUUGCUGACUUAGAUUUAAAAAUGACUGAAGAUGAAUCAGUUAUUGAAAAAGACAAGACAUGUAUGAUGGAAUCAGAAGAAGCUGCUGAACCUCUGUAUGAGAAUUUGAAGCCUUUACCAUUUCAUGUGGAAGAAAACAUUGAAGAGGAAGUCACAAACCAGUAUAAUGAAGACCUUACAGAAGGAGAUGUAGAAGAUAUAUAUGAUGACAUUAUAGAAGACAAAGAAGAUUGCAGUUCAGAUGAAGAUAAAAAGAGUGAAAGCCAAGGGGAAAGUGGUGAAGAUAAUGAUAGUGAUGUGAUUUGUCUUGGAUCAGGUUCCGAUGAAGAGCGUCAGAAAAAGUCAGCUAUCCUGUUAACAUCUCACACAAAGGUUUCUGAUUUUUCAAAACAAAACUUACAAGUGGAUGAAACUUUGGAUUUUGAAGAUGAAACCAAUGAUGUAGAUGAUGAUAAGGAUUGCAAUGAUGAAGACUCAUAUCAUGAGUCGAGUGAAGAAAACUAUGAUAGUUCUGAAAAUGAAAUUCAGGAACAUAAUACUGAAAUGAGUUAUUCUGAUUCAAGUGAAGAAGAUAAUCACCAGGGAAACAGAUCCUGGAAAUCACAAAGAAAAGAUUUUGAGAGUGAAGGAAGUUCUGAAAAAGAAGACAUUGCAUCUGAUGAAAAUACGAUAGAAUCACCACCAUACGAACUUAUAGGGCAGGACAGCCAAUCAAACAGUCAUUUUCAAACCCAAAUGGAAAAUCUUAAAAGUGUUGUCGAUGAAAAUACAAAGCAACCCAUUUAUCAUGGUUGCUCUGAUUUAAAUAAGGCUGAAAUUGAAACGGAUAAAUCAGCAGAUCAUAUAAAAGCAGAGAUGUCUUCUUUUGAAGAUUCAAAAGUUGUAAAUUCUGAUAUGAACAAUAAAAAUAUUUCAGAAAAAGCCGAGUUUAUGCUUUCAGAAAGUGUUCACAUGGAAACUUUUGAACAAAAAAUUGAUGAAACCUUUAAUAUGGGGAAGCCAGAGAAAAAUAAAUGUAAUGUAGAAACUGGAAGUAUAUUAGAUUUGAAAUUAAGAAGAAGUAAACGCUACAGCUCAGCAACUAAUCUUUCUUCGAGUAAAUUGACAAGAUUAAGAAGAAAAUCAAGUUCUGCUCAUGACUUAACAUCCCUUGUCAUUUCAGAAACAAAAUCAGCAACAGAGCUUAGUGAUGCUAAGAGUAGUACUAGUAUUUCAUCCAGUGAAACUGACUUGUGUGAAGAUAAAUUGAAUCUACCGAGAAAGCGUGGUAGACGAAGCCGUUUAAGUCAAUUACAGGACAUAACAGAAGAAAAUACAGAAAAUGUUUCCUCACCUAAUGAUAAAACAUUAAGAAGAUCAGUGUCAUCAAACCAGUUAGUUGAACAACAACCUGUUAUGGGAACCUCUAUGAAAAGAUCCAGUUCUAGUAGUAUUUUGUCUGAGUAUGGCAAAGCUUCUGAAUUAGAGUUAGGUACAAACAUUUCUAAAGAAACACACACAGGCACAAUGAGCUCGUCAAAUGAGUCAUCAAAGAUUAAACUUAAAAAGAGGUGGACUUUAGAAAUGGAAGCUAUGAACUAUAUAACUCGCAAGAAACGCAAGUCAUCAGUGGUUAGUAACUCGUUAGAAGUAGUCAAUUCAAGUGAUGAAGAGGAGAGUGAAAAAAAUAAAAGUAGAAUACAUACCAAAGAGUCUUUAGAAAGUGGACCUAAUAACUCGUCCACUGUAAUUGUUAAAAGUAAUGAUGAAAAUGAAGGAGACAUGGAGUCUUCUGUGACUGUGAAUACUGAAGACAUUGAAGCAUACGACUGUAAACUUGAAGUUGAUACAAUGCCUAGAAUAAGAUCUCAAUCUGUACCUCCAACAUUAGAACAUUCUGAUCCCCCUGCACUGUCUACAAAAAGGAGGAGUUCUUCUUUGAUAAAGAUUAAGAAUAUCCAUAGGAAAGUGUUAAAAAGAUAUUCACAUAAGAAAUCAUUGCUGAAAAGUGCAUAUGAGCCUCUUGAAAUUGUGCAUUCAGAUGAGGAAAGUAUUAGAGAAACUGUCCAGGAAAAGAUACAAGAUUGUUCCGAAAAAUUGGUUGUCCCCAAAGAAAACAUUGAAGAUACAAAUAACUCAGUAAAUGAAAUUGAAACAACAAAUAUGGACUGUUGUAGUCAAGAUACACACACUGUAACAUCACCUCCAUUACAUAUUAGCAGAAGAAAUCUACGAAGCUCGUCAGAACCACCGAGUUAUGAAGAUGUAGAAAUUUCAAAACGAAAACUAGAUAGAAGGAGUUCUUCAACAUGCAAAAUUAAUAAAAUCCAUAAACUGAUUUUGUCCAGACAUUCUCAUAGGAAGUCGAUGUAUUCAAGUAAGUUUCUUUCUACCAAUGGAGGUUGUUCAGUCUGA